UCAUUUUCGUCUGCACCAGCUUUUAUUUUGAAAGUGAUUUGUGAUUUUCUCGUUCUAUUUUUGGAGUCUCUGAAACGAAAGGUUAGGUGUUUUUGUUGAAGCUCUUUCAUUUUAACUUUUUUGCGAUGCUUUUGAUUAAAAAACUUGGAAGUCCCAUUGUGAAGACUACCAAUUUGUGUUUGAAAUGGAAUGCGGUGUGUUCGACAAAUCAUUUGGUUAAAAGUUUCCAUCCAGCUAUAAGAAACGAAUCUGUCAUUAGCGAUGAAUCCAUAAAGGCGCUCCGUAAUUUUCGGGACAUCCAGCAAGCACCAACCCCAGCAUUAACAUAUGGAAUUGCAGGACUUGUGCCCUUCACUGUGAUUCCAGUUUACAUGUUAUCUUCAGGGGUAUACAUCCCGGAGAUGGCCUUUACUUCAAUGGCAUAUAGUGCUGUGAUCUUGUCUUUCAUCGGUGGUGUGCGAUGGGGCUCAGCUGUUUCAAACCCUGAGAUAAUGAGUCCCAACUGGAAGAAUUUCACAAUAUCUAUCAUCCCUUCAGUUAUUGCCUGGAUGGCACUGCUCGUUAGCAAUCCUAUUGGCAGCAUACUGUCAAUUACUGGAUUUUCGUUUUGCCUUCUACAGGAUAUAACAUCAAGCCAAUUACCUUCUUGGUACAAAUCUCUGAGAAUUUUGCUUAGCACAAUUGUAAUUUGUGCUUUGCUUACCACUUUGAUUUGUCGUUAUGCCCUGCCUCUGGAGUCCAAAAAUAGUGGCCCACUGUCAACCCCCCUAAACUGAAGCUGCAAUGUAAAAAGCUCAGAAUGAUGUGCCUAUAUUACAACAAAAGAGCAGUAGAAAAAUAUGUGAAUCGUUGUCGGACGAUUUGGAUCAUU